AUGCUACGUAACGCCACUGCAUCGCGGCCAUUGUUCAGAAACGAAUACGCAUUACCGAGAGAACACGCUCUAGAAGACGGGACAAAUGCUCUACAGUUUAUUGUGCAAGGUACUCACAGUCCUGAUCACGUUCACGGAAGAAUAGAGGCAUUCCUCGAGAAGAUGGGAAUGGCUGUAUUCGUUCACAGCAAGGGCGACAGAGGUGACGGUUGUGUGCAGGAGAAAGAAGUCGAUGGCCAAAAACUUGAGGAAAUCACAUGCAUGGAACAAAUCCGGACAUAUCUUACCUUUUUACGGUCUUCCGCGCCCAAAAUUGGAUUUGUUACCUAUUGGCGCUGA